AUGAAAACAAAACCCGUGCUUUGCCCUCCCAAAAGUCCGUGCCUUAAAAUCUUUCCUCCCAAAACUGACAACUCCCUCCAUCAACGAUCGCUAGUAGCUUCAGCUUUGUCCCCUCCCUUUGUUGACGACAGCAGCUCUAGCUCCGCCCCCUCCCUUCAUCGACGACAACAACUCCAGCUUCGUCCGCUCCCUUCAUCGAAGAUUGCUAGCAACUCCAGCUCCGCCAUCUCCAUCGUAAUCCUCCACCAUCGGAGCUACAGUGAUGACAACAUCACUGUAGCUCCGACGACCACCAUCACGUCUCUGAGGUCAACCGUUGUUGCAACCAACAGGACAUCAAUUAUGUGGAUGUUGCUACAAUGGAAUACACAUCAACCAAAGGACACCACAAAGAGUGAUUGAUGUCAAUAUAGGUAAUGAAGCAAGCUAUAAUGGAAUGUCGGUAGAUAUGUAAUGAAGCAAGCUCCUUAAAACUCAAAUAUACAUACUUUUUUGACUGCUAAGCCAAGAACUUCUUCAUCUCAGCCCUCUUUGAUACCUUCUAAAGUACUUGUUCAAAGACCCACAACCUCUUCUAAUGUGUGGUUGAUUCAAGAUAAAUUAGAAUAUUAUUAAGAAAACUUUUGUGGUUACCAUAUUUUGUGCUGCUAUUGUGAUGCUCUAUUUUUUAUGCAACUUUUGUACAUCU